GUGUUAUCGAAUUGUAAAGUCGCUUGUUUGUGAAUGUGGUUUGUGAUUAAGUCUGUCUGUGGUUAAGUAGCGGCUGUUGCACAUUUACUGUAAUUUUGUUCUUUAAACUUGAAAAUACGUGUAUCGCAAGCAGCGACGUUUGGUGUUAAUUAUUGAUCAGUUUUCCAUUUAUGAUGUGUUUUCUUUUCACAACGCAAAUUCUCUAAAAUGGAAGAAAAUAGCAAUACUCCUACUCCACUACGAAGAACGACGAGACGGCCAAAGCCCAGUCUCAAGGCAUUAGAAUCGAUUACCAUUUCGAAACUACAAGAUGUGGUAAUAGCAUCACCCAGCAGCGAGGAAGAAAUAAGUUCGGGUGAAGAGGGGGGUGAUGUGAAACCGGUACUAUUGCACAAACGCGAAACCCUGUCCGGAAAGGCAAUUUUCCAGUUUCACACCCCCAAGAGAAGAGGUAAUGUGAUUCGGAAAGCUGUGGAGUUAUCUAGGAUGUCCGAAAGCUCAAGUGACAUAGAUUUCUCCUCCGAGGCAUCAACUUCCUCAGAUUCUUCAAUAAAGGUAAAGGAAAAGAGAACUACGAAAUUCAGCACCGUAAAAAAAACCAAAGGUUAUAGUAACAAGGUCAGCACUGACUACUCAAUUAAGACCGAGGAAUAUUUCUCGAAUUUCGCGUCAAAUAAAAUCCAAACCUCAGAUAACACUCUUGACAAACUAAAAACUCCGAGGCUGCCGCACUAUGAGCUGAAGAAAUUGCUGGCCAAUAAGAAACUAACGAAGGAACACGCGGCCGCGAUGGAACGCAUGUCGAGAAACAACAAGAAACCUUUUCAAAAGUGGCUUUAUCUGCUUCAAGAGAAUUUCAGUUUACUGCUGUAUGGAUUGGGUUCGAAGCGAGAUAUUGUGAACACUUUUCGUAAAGAACACCUCCAAAAGCCACCGGUCUUGGUGGUGAAUGGAUUUUUCCCCCCACUGACCAUUAAAGAUAUCUUGGAUGGGAUAAUUGUGGAUAUUUUGGAGUUGGAAAAUCCAGGUAAUCCCUAUGAGGCUUGUAACCUUAUCGAGCGGGAAUUUGAGAACACGUCUUAUCCCUUGUAUCUAAUUAUCAACAACAUUGAUGGUGAACCUCUGAGAGACCGCAAAACUCAAAACAUCCUCGCGCGGCUCGCGGCCACUUCGAACGUUCAUUUGAUAGCGACCAUUGACCACAUCAAUGCGCCACUCAUAUGGGACCAGGAAACCAUGAGCAAAUUCAACUAUAUCUGGUGGGACGCGACGUCAUUCUCGCCCUACAUGGAGGAGACAUCUUUCGAGAAGUCAUUAAUGGAGCAGCAAUCUGGAGCAUUGGCUCUCUCCUCCUUAAAGAAAGUAUUUUUAUCAUUGACACCAAACUCGAAAGCCAUCUUUCUCAAACUCGUAAAAUACCAAAUUGAAAAUUCAGGUCCCUAUUACGAGGGUAUGGCCUUCAAAGACCUCUACAUGUCAUGCAGGGAAGGGUUCAUUAUUAGCAGCUAUCUGGCGUUGAGGGCUCAUCUAAACGAGUUCCUGGAUCAUAAAAUGGUCAAAACGAAGAGAUCGUCCAACGACGGCACCGAGUAUUUGGUUAUACAGCUGUCCAACGAUAUUUUGCGCAAAUUUUUGGACGACAACGCCGAAUCCUAGCUUUGCAAAUUUUAAAAAGACUUGUUCGGUGGUAACACUACCGGCGGAUAUCUAACCUCACGUGUAUCCCCCUGUUUAAAAUUUCUGAGACUAUUAAAGUGAUUUUUCAUUAUUUUUAUUUACGUAAAGAAUGCUCUUUAUUGUCGCGGGCAGUAAUUCAUAGAUACCCAGUAAUUAUGUCCUAGAACUCAAUUUUUGUUAUCACCUGAUCCAGGCUUAAAGUAGAGACAAUUAGUAUACUAUGCGACAUAUGUGGUAAACAUUUGAGUAACGAGUUUAUUUGGCCGGAGCGGAACAAGUACUUUAUUAAACGCGUGACUUAAAAAGUUUACCAAAUCUAUGGCAUACUAUAUUUUUUCUGCAAUCGUUGGUUUUUGGGCACAUUUUUGCAAAACAACACAAAUACACGUGACUACUCAUGGGUAAUAUCUCCGAAUACAUUCGAUGUCUCCCAAACCCGUCGGUAAUAUUCUGGAAAUGUCCGAACUGACUCGCAGCCGUAGGUUAUAAAAAGGACGUCAUGACACUCUUCAAGGUCAAUAGGUGUAUAAUUGGGUAUUUUAUAGAAGGGAGUAAAAAAAAAAUUUCUCACGGUCAUUUGAUAAAUACAAUAAAACUACUGGCUACUUAGUGCAUAAUCUGUCAGAUUACCAAAAAACUUCCAUGAAAAGUUCUGCAUGGGACCGAGUAUGGCUCGGUUGGUAAGGCGUUGACCUGGCCACUCGAACUUGCUGGAAGUUGUGGGUUCGAUUCCCGCCAGAAGCCUUGUGAUUUGGGAAAAAAAAAUGGUAAUUUUAACUGCCAAAUUUGGU